AUGGCCAAGCGCAGCUUGAUAUCUCCUGAAGCUGCUUCAUGUGAGGCGCCAGGCCCAGGGCAGGGGCAGGGGGCGCACCCUCCGGAGGGGGUUGGGGCUGUGGUUGGGGCGAUGUUCGUGGAGUCGGCGCUGGUGUUCCUCAUCCGCAGCCUGGGCGUGUUUUUGUGGAUUGUGCGGUACUUCGACGAGAGCGCCAGGCCGUGUCCUGGAUCACCUCCAUUGGGCUGGCCUGCAGCAGCUGUUCGAGGCCUAAACCCACUUUUAUCUCUUCCUUCUGUCUUCGGCUCCCCAUCCCCCCUUUCUGCUCCUCUGUCAAGCAGUCAUGGUGAGGCGCCAGGCCCAGGGGCAGGGGCAGGGGGGGCGCACCCUCCGGAGGGGGGUUGGGGCUGGGUGGUGGUUGGGGCGAUGUUCGUGGAGUCGGCGCUGGUGUUCGGCCUCAUCCGCAGCCUGGGCGUGUUUUUCGUGGAGUUUGUGCGGUACUUCGACGAGAGCGCCCAGGCCGUGUCCUGGAUCACCUCCAUUGGGCUGGCCAUGCAGCAGCUGUUCGGUCCUCUUGCCACAGCUCUGAGUAACAUGUAUGGAACCCGUCCUGUGGUGAUGGUUGGUGGGUUCUUGUCAGGACUGGGUCUCAUACUGGCCUCUCAAGCCACCUCACUCACACACCUGUACCUUACCAUGGGCCUCAUCACAGGCGUGGGCUGGGCCUUCGUCUUCAUGCCCACCGUUGCGUCGGUGAUGCAGUACUUCACGCGCCGGCGCUUGCUGGCCAUGUCGGUGGGCUUCACCGGCGUGGGCUUCUCCUCCUUCGCCUUCUCACCGCUCUUCCAGCUCCUGGUGGAGGUGUACGCCUGGCAGGGGGCCCUGCUCAUCCUCGGGGGUCUCAGCCUCAACAUGGUGGCCUGCGGAGCCGUCCUACGGCCCAUCACCGCCACCAAGGCAGUGGACAAGGUAACCGCAAUGCUGCUCCCCCUGCUUCUGCAGCGACCCUUCCUCACCUACAGCCUAGCCGUCACCUUCUUCAACGCCGGCUACUUCGUCCCCUACGCGCACCUAGUUGCGCACAGCCGCCACGCCGGCUUCUCCGAGUACCAGGCGGCCCUCGUCAUCUCGACCACCGGCGUGACGGACAUCGCGGGCCGCCUGCUCUCGGGCUGGGUGUCGGACCGGGCCCGCCUGCGGCUGGUGCACAUGCUGAGCGUGUGGGCGCUACUGCUGGGCCUGUUCCUGCUGGCGGUGCCGCUGGGCACGCUGGGCGGCUACGCGGGGCUGCUGACGGUGAGCCUGGCGCAGGGACUGUGCGCCGGCGCCAUGACGCCGCUGGUGUUCGCCGUGAUGCCCGAGAUCGCGGGCAUGGAACGCAUACUGGGGGCACUGGGGCUGCUGCAGUUCAUUCAGAGCGUCGGGGGACUGUUGGGCGCCCCUCUGUCAGGCUGGUUGAAGGACAACACCGGUUCCUACUCUGCCUCCUUUGGUGUGGCCGGGGGCUUCCUCCUCCUGGGCUCCGCCGUCACGGCAACCCUGCCCGGCUUCUUCUCCAGCACCUCCCAUAAUGCCCCCAGCGACGCAGAGGGGGUUCUCCAGUCAAACGAGGGGGUUCUCCAGUCAAACUAAUCCAACCAGGAGUCCUGUCUGGACAAGUAGAGCCUCACGCUCAUCCCGGAUCCAGACCCCUGCACUGAGACAAGCAGGACUCGGAUCUAGACCCUUGUACUGAGACAAGCAGAACUCGGAUCUAGACCCCUGCACUGAGACAAGCCAGGACUCGGUGGGGGUUGGUGGGACAGAGACUGACUGACUGAAGAUCACCUGACUGGACUAGGUCACUAGGGACUAGGGCAAGGGCAGCUUGCGCUAGUAUUUUCUCUCGUAAUGGAAAAGGCAAAAGGGCGAAGACCACACAUGUGGGCCUCUUUUUCUCCAUCAUUGUCUGACAACUACAGCUGAUGUUGAACAUCCUGGCCAGCACUGUGCUUGUAUCUCUUUGCGUCAGUGACAGGGACAACCAUUUCAAGACAGUCCUCUAUUUCUGUAUAUCAGUAGGUUGCAAGAUGCAAAUCCAUGUAUGCCUUUACUCCAACUACAGCCGUCCCGCUUGUGGAGACUUGAUUAUCCGUCCACUCUUUCUGUCUUCCAGAGGAGCAGCGCAGGGCACACUCAGGAAAAGCACUACAUUGUUAUGCCUGAACAUACCUCAGCCAAUGGCGUCUUCCCCCCGACCCAAAAUAAGUGGGAGAAUUACCUUCCCAAAACCCAGUUCUGUUCAAAGUAGCUCUCAGACUCUACCUCUUUAAUAACGGAUGAUUCUGUAGUUUCGGUUUUUGUGUGAUUGCGCAAGGACAUUUUGUUCUUUUAUCAUUUUUAUUAAUGACGAUAAUUCAAGUAAACCAUUUUGUGUCUGUUUACCUCAAUGACUCAAAGAAACUGUAGAAAAUGUAGCCUCUACAGUCAGUAGUUUUUCCAGUCCAGUUCUAGAAGAUCCACAACAUGGAAAGCCUACUUACUUACCAAAGGAAGUUAUGUGGUAGAUCCCUUUAUUGAUUGACGAUCCCUUGAUUUAUUGACGAUCCCUUAAUUGUUCGCCGAUCCCUUGAUUUAUUGACAGCCCAAGACAGUUUCACGCGCCAGCGUCACCAUUUCAGGGGAUUUGUUGAAGGAUAAUGUCACCCUGCAGAUUCAGAAUGCACAUUUACAAUACAAGAUAGUGAUGAUGCGUUGAAAAUGUAUUUGCAGAGAUUCAAACAUUGGAUACCAAGUCGAAUAACAGCAUUGUGUACAGUAACAAAAGAUGGUCAUUUCAUGAGUUUUCAGCAGAUGUUUAGUUUGCAUUGUAUACCCAGGAUCAUUUCAGAUAUUUGCAACUAAGGGACUACUUUGAGAGGGAGGUAAAACCAAAUAUAAACUUGGACAAAAAUGUUGUAAUUUCAAUUGUAAUAGGAACAUACAACUCAGGGAGAUACAGAAUUUAUAUCUGCAAUUAAUGGAGAGUAAAGGAAAUUCAACCCUAUAUGUCAAGCAGAAAUGGGAAAAAGAGUUGGGUGUGAUUAUUUCUGAGGAGGACUGGCUACAUAUAUGGAGAACUCAGCAAUCUACUGCAUCAUCGCGUACUCAACACGUAUUGUUGGAAGGAUAUAAUAAGAUUCUUUGUCACCCCCAAACUUAGGAGCACAUUUGUGUCAGUAUCACAACCAUGUUGAAUGUGGAGAUGUAAAUGUAGAUCAUGCUCAUGUCUUCUGGCUUUGCCUAGGCAUUGUUCAGUUUUGGGACGGUGUGCACUUGAUUUUGGCCAACAUCCUGGGUUAUGAAGUACUGUAUUUUGGUAAUAUGGCUGAAUAUAUUGUGUCAAGAUCAUACAGAUACUUGUUCAAAAUCUUGAUAGCGGCCUGUACAUGGUAUAAACCAGGCCCCCCAACUCAAGAUGAAUGGCUGAAAAUUGUGAGUGAGAUGUAUGUGAUGGAACAGUUAACACAUAGAUUAAGAGUACAGGCAGAACAAUGUGAAGAGAAAUGGGUGAAAUGGACUCUACUUAAAUGUCAACGACAGGACGAUGUUUGAAAAAUGUGUAUGUCUCAGGAUCACUCUGUAGAAUCAAUGCAAUCCAGCAUGUUCACCGUUGUCAAGUUUUUUUGCUUUUUGCUUUUGUAUUUAUUUGUUUGUCCAUUUGUUUGUUUACUUUCCUGUUUUUCUGUAUCUGUGUGAUAAAACUGUAAAAAUAAAGUGUAAAAAAAAAGAAAAAUGUAUUUGCAUCUAUUACAAAUUGCAGUUCAAAGCAACAUGCCGCUUUAAAUACUCCAAGCCUUCUUGGAAAAAAAGAUGGGGAGGUAAAUGAAUUAGGUCGCUGUAGUUAAAAUAGCCUAAGUUGAGAUCAUAAAAAGGUAUUACUUGUUCAUUUAUUAAUAUGAAAGAUAUGAAAAACUAGUGGUGUCUCAGCUUUACAUAACACACUAGGUAAGGGUAGACAAAUCCACUAACAGUCUGAGAAUCAUACAUAACCAAUUACGCAUAGCACAUGGACUCAAAGGAGAACUGAAUUACACACCAACAAAACACAUGCACAUUCCAAAAUGGAACAUUAGACACUGAAUUAAACAUUAACAUUCUCACAGACACACAAGCACAGCAUUAUGAGGCAAACUAUUCCACACGCUCAAUGUAAGCGCAUAACUCCCAUGCUACAGUACUCUUACCAAGAUCACACAAUUUGCGCCGUACACUGCCUUACCA